UCGCCUCUGUCGCAGAGACAGUCGAGCUGUCAUGUCACUAUCUGGCACAGACACGCCGCCGCGUGCUCAUAGAGGAGGACUGCUAGCAGCCCGGUGUGCGCAUGCGCUCCCUCAAGCACCCCGCGCCUUCUGCAGCCGCAGCUGAAAGUCUCGGUCCGGCGCUGCUCCUCCUGGCAAAGCAUCACGUUUGUUCACCACCGAAGCAGUUUCCCCAGAGAGCCUGCGCCUUGCACGGCCAGAUGUCAGCCGAGCUGCUCCAUCCUCUCUGCCUUUGUGGACCCUCUUUGACUGCACGCAGCUCCGCUCCUGUUGUGGCUGGAAGGAAGCUCCUGUCUUCUCCUACAGGCCUGCCCCCGCCUCAGAGAUGCUUGGGUUACAGGGAAGCUCUACAUCCCCUAAAGUGUACCGUUGUGUGGCGUGUUCAGCCACCUUCAGUGGGCUGGCCUCUUUGUUAGUACAUCAAGCAACCCACGCAAAUACACUCCAUAAGGUGUCCGCCCCUCCUGGCGGCCAGAACGAACCUCCCUUUCAAAGCACAGACUCGGCCAGCGAGCACCCAGCCCCGCCCGCUGUCCUGCCCGAGAGCCCUUCGUCUUCUUUUUAUAUUUGUGACUGUGGAGAGGAGUUUCUGGACUUUGAUCUAAUGCUGGAGCACAAACGCUCCCAUGCCUCUCAAAUGCAGCCUUCAGAAGAUCCCCACGUCCAUCCCAGUGAAGCAGGCGGCGAUGAGGUUGUGCCCACGCCCGAUGAGUCAUUUGCUCCUGUGAGCCAAGCAGGCUUGGUCCUCAGCUGCCCCUUUACUUCCAAAUCUCCCGAUGCUGAAGGGCUCGCAUUAAAUGCCCAUAAAGGUGAUGUGGCCUUGGAGGAUGGUGUUGCUAUGGAAACCCCUCCUCAAGGCCAGUGUUUAACCCCUGAAGAUGUCAAAGAGGAACGACUGGAGGAUGUCAGCAUCUCUUUGGAGCAAACGCCGGAGGCUGCGGAGGAACGAUUCCAGGAGACGGAAGAUCAUGUAGAUCUGAAUGAAAAGGGUGAACAUUUACCUAAAACUGACGUUCUAAUGAAACUGCUGGCGUCAGCUUACACCAACCGCUUUCCACCUCCACCGUCACCAACUGAUGAUCAAAACGACACGGAUGUUACUCUGAAAGAAGAAGAUGUGCCAAUCGACAUCAUGCCCCACAAGAAAGCAGAUGUGUCUCAGGUGAACGACCUGUCCAUUGCCCAACUGAAGCGCCUGCUGACAAAACCUGGAGUAAGGACCAAAUCCCCCUCCAUUAGUACUGUUCUAGGCAUGAGUAGGAAGAAAAUCGUUUCCCUAACAAAGACUUUUUCCCCCGUCGUGAUCCUGGAGACCCGACAGAAGCUCAUGGAUUCAUUUAACAAAGGCACAUACGGUAGAUACCAAUGCGGUCGCUGCCGCAGAGUUUUUAGCAACAUAGACCGACUGACAGAGCACCACUUCCUGCACAAAAAAGAACGCAUUAAAUGCUGCCGCCGCUGCAAACAGCUGAUCAUCGGGCGCCUGCCACUGCCCAAGAACCACGUCUGCCCUCAGAUGGCGAACAGAACCAACCAGGGCUCCAACUCUCUAAAAAACAAAUUCUUUUCUGCUCCUAGAAAGGUGCCGCUCCAUAGUCUAAACAACGCAAAGAAGGUUUUCUACUGUCCGCAGUGCAAACACAGCUACGCCCGCAGGUGGAACCUCAAAACACACAGGUGUCAUGCCGACGCCUCGGCCUUGUCCAGGCAGGGUAAUCCUUUCCGUGGAAUGCUGCCUCUUAGGCCAAACGGGAACGGCAAAACUUUCAUGCAUGAAAACGGCUGUCAGGAUUUCAAGAGUGUCGGCAUCGGAACUGAGCUGACGAGCUGCAUCAAGGUUGAGGUGACGUCUCCAACUAUCCAGCAGUCUGACCUUUCACAGGUGCCCUGGGCUCCUCCAGCAAAAGGCUUCUCCCCUUUCCUGACCAAAUCCUCCUUGAUGGAGCAGAACGACAACCUGUCACUGUCUCUACUGCAAGACGGAGCCGAAUCCAGCUGGGGGAAAGACUCUUCAGGCGACGAAGGGAGGUGGACGCUCCCGGGAGAUGAGGGGAUGCGGUCCAGCCACGAGGAGGAGGCCAAGGCGUCCGGCUCAGCAGAACACACAGACGUGGUGUCCCAGGGCCUGCACUAUUUUAUCAGUGACGGUGUGAGGCGGUACCCUUGUAACAGGUGUCACAAGACGUACAGUCGAGCCACCACUCUGAAGCGACACCUGCGGCUGUGUGGGUUCAGGCCCGGUGCGUUCGGGGUUGUCCCGCAGGUCGGUGGUCAGAGUUCUGGUUUGCCAAAUGCCAGCACGGUCAAACUGUUUCCCUGCUUUGUUUGUGGAAAAACCUUCAAUCGCAAGGACAACAUGAUGGUUCACAGGAAAAGGUGUCAGUUGCAGCGAACACUGCAGGACGUGGACAGGGGGUCGGUGCCGCCGAGUUUGCCAGGCGGCGCAGGAACAGACCGCCUGCCCCAGCAGGACGAGGGAGGAAACUGGGGCAUCGUGGGCCUGCCGUCUGUUCUUCCAAGGAGGGUGACAUGUGAGUGCGGGGCCAGCUUUACAUCUCCAAAGCUUCUGGUGGAGCAUCUGCAGAAGCACGCGCAGGAAACGUACACGUGCCCGACGUGCGGAGAGACUGUUAAGUCAUGGGCUGACUAUGAAGUUCAUCUGCAGAUCCACAUGCGGUCUCGUCACCAGCUUCUGAAGGGAAUACAGCCCCCACGGACCCACCCUCUUCUGCUCCGAUUCCAGCCCCAACCAGCGGAGCGUAACCCACAGAAGCACCCACAGCAGCUUCUCCAUCCCGGAAAAAAGCAGCGCAUUGUCUGCACCAGAUGCGGAAACAGCUUUGCGACUCGCUGUUCCCUCCGAAGGCACCUCUCCUGGAACCGCUGCAAAGGCGUGCGGGCCACAAACCCACCUACACCCAAAACCUUCAAAUGCUCACACUGCAACACCGACUUCCCCAACACCAUCAGCCUCCUCUUCCACCAGAGGAGCGGAGCCUGCAAACCCGUCAUCAAGCCAGUCCGCUGCCCCGUUUGCCUUCGCUGGUUUGGGACUAUGGAGAGUCUGGAGAAGCACCUGCUCACCCACAAGCAGACCGAAUCGUACCGCUGCGACGUGUGCCAGGGCACGUACCCAAACCUCAAGUCCCUGAAGAACCACCGGCGGAGGAUCCAUCGCAUCAUGGCUGGAGACACGAGGCCCAAAACGCCAGAACUGCUACCCUCCUAACGCCGCCUCAUUUUAAUACAGAUACGCCAUUUUAAUUAUCCUCUCUACUUUCCAAAUUAUGUAUAUGAUCUGCUUUUAUACUUAGGAAGUUAGUCAUAGAAACAGUUUUGUUUUAACUGAGCUUACAGGAGUCAUUUUAGUCAGCUAUGUCCAAAUCAGAACAUGACUUGAUGUACACAUUUUUUUCCAAAAAAAUUAACUUUAUUUCUUUGCCUUGUUAGCCUGUAAAUUGUUUAGUAAUGAAAGUUAUUCAACAAAAUGUUGAUGUAGCUUGAUGUUGUUCCCUGUGGUAAUAAAACAGCUUGUUGACAGUCA